UGUAGUCUUAUCUCUCUAUUCAUACUUUAUUGGCAUGUCAGACUGAAUCUUGUGUAUCUUAACGUUUUAUUAAUACUUUAUUGACCUGUCAUAAGACUGACUCAUACUAUUGCUGUGGUCCAUCUUUUAUCUGUACUUUAUUGGCCAAUUUGCCUUAGAACGAAUCGGUAAACUGUCCCCUUGAUGGACAGCAAAAAUAUGACUUCCCAUUUCUCGAGUCCCAGUAAGAAUCAUCUGUAUUUGUGUGUUGGAAUGUUUUUUUGUUUAACUUCUAUAAUAAGUACUGAUCAAAUCUGACCACUUAUGUUUUUAUGGUAAGCUAUUAGUUAGCAGAAUUUUUAGUUUGAUACCAGGUUUAGCAUCACGAUACUUUAUACCAUCACGAAACUACGUACCAGAAUGAUACCAAGGGGAAAAAAUAAGGCGUAUUAACCAAAGUUACAGAAUGACACUUGAUCCAGACAGAUCUUUUGAGUUCAAUAUCAUUACAUUUGAUUUUUUAUUUAAAUGUUGAAUGUAUGCACUCGUGAUUCAAUUAUAACAUCAUAGAAUCAAUUUGACUUUGGUAAAAAGAAAACGCUCUAACUACAUAGGCCUUGGCUACAUCUUGAUUUACCCAGUUUAUCAGACUAGAGAUUUGCAGUGCAUUUGGAAAGUGUUCAGAUACCUUCACUUCUUCCACAUUUUAUUAGUUACAACCUUAUUCUAAAAUGGCUUAUAUAUAUUUUUGACAAAGCGAAAACCGGUUUUUAGAAAUCUAUGCUAAUGAAUUACAAAUAAAAGACAAACCCUAUUUACAUAAGUAUUCAGACCCUUUGCUAUGAGGACCUCAGACUGGGGUGAAGGUUCACAUUCGAACAGGACAACGACCCUAUACACACAGCCAAGACAACGUAGUAGUGGCUUCAGGACAAGUCUCUGAAUGUCUUUGAGUGGCCCAGCCAGAGCCUGGACCUGAACCCGAUCGAACAUCUCUGGAGAGACCUGAAAAUAGCUGUGCAGCGAUGCUCCCCAUCCAACCUGACAGAGCUUGAGAGGAUCUGCAGAGAAGAAUGGGGAAACUCUCCAAUUACAGGUCAAAGUUGAAUGACAUGAUCGACGCCAUUCCAAAAAGCAAAAAGAAUAAACGCUGCCAGUUGCACUCCUUAGACACACACAAACCUAAGCCACUGGGGGGAAGCUGGAUGGAGGUGUGGGAGCUCAUGUCUCAGGAGUGCAGGGAUGAGGUCGUUCUGAUUGACGGUGCCUGCCUCCUGGAAACCCUGGAAACAUACUUGCGCAAACACAGGUUCUGUACUGACUGCAAGAACAAGGUAUUGAGAGCGUACAACAUCCUGGUAGGGGAGCUGGACUGCACUAAAGAGAAGGGCUACUGCGCUGCCUUGUACGAGGGUAUCCGCUGCUGCCCCCACGAGCGCCACGUCCAUGUCUGCUGCGAGACUGACUUCAUCGCCCACCUCCUGGGCCGGGCCGAGCCCGAGUUCACCGGAGGUUAUGAACGUAGAGAGCGGCACGCUAAGACCAUUGACAUUGCUCAAGAGGAAGUGCUGACCUGCCUGGGCAUCCACCUGUACGAGCGGCUACACAGAAUCUGGCUGAAGCUGAGGGCAGAGGAGCAAACCUGGCAGAUGCUCUUCUACCUUGGCAUUGAUGCUCUACGCAAAAGUUUUGAGAUGGCGGUGGAGAAGGUGCAAGGCAUCAGUCGUCUGGAACAGCUGUGUGAAGAGCUGUCGGAGGAGGAGAGGGCCAAGGAGCUGAAGCAGGAGAAGAAGAGGCAGAAGAAGAAGAACAGGCGAAAAAACAAGUGCGGCUUCAACAUGUCCGACGGCAAGGAGAAGAGCCUGGAUGAGGCUUCAUUAGAGUCUGUGGAGAGAAGAGGCUGCAAGGCCUGUGGAAGCCCAGAGGUGGAGGGUCAUGUCGGCUGUGUGGAGGUGGUCGUCACCAGCAACGAGAGCACUACUUCCUGCAGCUGUCCAGAUGGCACCGUUCCCAAAGUCAAGAAAGGUUUGUCACCCCACAGCAAUGGGAGUGACUGUGGCUACUCUUCUAGCAUGGAAGGCAGCGAGACUGGCUCACGGGAGGGAUCUGACGUCGCCUGCACUGACGGAAUCUGCAACCAUGAGGAAGCAGGAGACUACUUGUGUGGUCACCAUCAUAAUCACUGUAAUGAAGACGAGGAGGACGGGGUAUACAGCUGUGUGGAGUGCUGGGCUAACUCUGAAGAAAACACGAAGGGCAAGAAAAAUAAUAAGAAAAGAAAGAACAAUGGCUUGUUAUGUAACGAUCAGGGUGGAAAAACAGAGGGUUGUGUGAUGGAAGGGUACAGGAGAGGGAAAAACACUUCUACAACGUCACCUGUGUGCAGAACCAAAGAGACGUGUGCCAAGUUGUGCUGUGACACCUUUUCUAGCAUUGCACUGCAGUUACCAUGGGCAGGACAUCAAAAGAACAUGAGCCAUUAUCUGGAGGCAAACAUGUGUGGUCAGGGGAACACCAGCGCCAACAGUCUCAUGGAACUACUGGACGACUCUGAAGUGACUUCAGACGAAGAGAACUGCCUCACGCAGGAUGAGAUCCAGUUGUUUGUGGAUAGCAACAAGUCCUUCUACAACAACCGCCACCAGUACAGACAGCACCUGAAGGAUAAAUUUACCAAGUACUGCCGCGGCGGUGGAGAGUGGUUCGCUGCUGCCACCACCAGCGUCAAUUAAUGAAUUCGCUGCUGUUGCACGACUCUACUGUUGUGAAGUCUUUUUAACACAUGAUUAUUACCAUUGCUCUGCGCGUACCGCCUUUAAAACAAAUAGAAAAAAAUCUAAGUACAUUUUGGUCUGGUGUUUAUUUUGUCCCCCACUCUGUGGUUGAAGUAAAUGUGAAUCUUAAUUUCCCCCAUGUGUUUAUCUUCUCUCAAUCUAUCUCUGUCCCUACUGUUCACCUAUCUUGUCACCUCUCCUCAUUCACCUUGUCGCCCCAUCUUUGUUCUCCUCCCUCCCAGCCUGACCAGUUUCUUUCUGGUCUCAUUUUGUAGGGCUGAUGGAUUUAUUUAUUUUUUGUAGCACAGUAGAUCUGAUAAUCAAGCUUGCAAGCUGUGACAUUAGGAUUUAAAUGUUGGUAGUCAGUCCUGUGUCGUUUUUUUUCUCGCAUAUUCCAUUUUGUGUGUCUCACUUAUUACUCUGACACUUCAUUUUAGUGGAAUAAGUUGCACCAAUAAAUGUGUACAUAAAUGAAAUGAUCUGAAUAUAAAGAUUUUACAGUAAGACAAUGUGUAAGAUUUACUAAAUAAAAAAUAUUUAUUAAUAUG